AUGGCGAUCUAUAACGUGUUUUCUCAUCCUGUGUUACACCAGUAUAAAACACAUGUUUUUUCCAAAGCCACAGUAAUACAAGUGUUAACAAUUUUACUGACAUUUAUAUUACCUUUAAUAAUUGUGUACAGAAGUGACGGGCUCUGGAUAAGAGAAAUUCGUUAUCGGGAACAACCAAAGAUCACUUUUAAAAAAGAACUUAUUUUUCUACUACAUCUGAGCACUAACCAGUCAUAUGUCACAUACAGUACUUUCCAAAAUUAUAAUAAUCUACAACAGCAAUUCUUAAGAAUCCCACUAAUAAAGGCUUUUGAAGAAGACAUUACUGGAAAUGGUUUAAGUGACGGUCUUCAGCUGAAUUUAGAAAUACCCCUCUUUGAUUCAGAACAGGUUGUCGGCGUAGAAAUGUUACUUUUCUUUACUUACAAAUUACAGAAAUUCAGCUCACUCUUCAUGGACUGCAUGGCUUAUAUUCAGCAUUCUUUUGCUGUUGCUGGAGCGAAAUUACAAAUCUUUGGAAACUUACAAAUCCGACAGAAGAAUCUGCUGCUAAAUAAAGGAACUAAUCGCAAAUAUGAUGUACCUAUUGUGGAUUCCAGUAGUAUUUUUAGUGAUGCAUAUGAUUUGUCUCAAAUCCUUGAACAGUAUACACAAAGAAAUGUGACUACUGAACUUGUGGCUCCUUAUUACACAUGGAUUGUUGGACGUGGAGCUGGACGGCCAUUCAUAAUUUCUGCCUCAAUAAAAUAUCCAGAAGAUGAAUUUGUGAUUUCUGUACCAGUUAAAGUGGGGUUGGGUUCAAUAUGUGUCUGUCUUGGUGCUGUUCAUCAUCAUUUUUGA